AUGGAGUUCGACAUAAAAACAGUCAGCGUGGAACCUUUUGAAGGACAGAAAACUGGCACGAGCGGCUUAAGGAAGAAAGUAAGGGUGUUCCAGCAACCCGGGUACCUCGAAGCUUUUGUGCAGUCUGUCUUCUGUGCGUUGCCGGAAAUCCCAGGAUCCGGGUUCGAUCAGCCCUCUGCUGAAGAGCGAGUGCUGGUUCUGGGUGGCGACGGGAGGUAUUUUAAUAAGGAGGCAAUCCGUAAUAUUCUUCGCCUGGCUGCAGCAAACAACGUAAACAGAGUACUAGUUGGACAGAAUGGUUUGCUCUGCACGCCCGCAGUAAGUGCGAUCAUACGAAGGCGCAAUCUAGCAGGCGGGAUCAUAUUGACAGCGUCACAUAACCCGGGUGGACCUGAGGCUGACUUUGGUAUCAAGUACAAUACGAAGGACGGUGGCCCGGCACCGGAGUCGUACACUGACGUGUUCUACAAAUGGACGCGCCAGAUCCGAGAGUACCGUAUCGCAGUGGAUCCAAGUACCGCUGACGGCGAUCCCUUUUCCGAAAUAUCCCUUGAGCGCCCGCGGGUCUAUGAGUUCCUUUCACGAGAUACGAAGAGCCGCUUUGUGAUCGAGGUUAUCGACUCUAUGGAUGAUUACGUGAGUCUGCUGAAAGAAAUUUUUGACUUUCAGAUGCUAAGGGAACUCUUUCGCCGCAGCGAUUUCUCUAUGCUCUUUGACGCGCUUCAUGGCGUGACGGGUCCAUACGGGAAACGUAUCUUUGUGGAGGAGCUUGGUGCGGCGCCGGAGAGCCUCCGCAACUGUCAGCCUCUAGAGGAUUUCGGCGGCGGGCACCCCGACCCCAAUCUCGUUUACGCAGCAGAUUUGGUGUCACGUUGCGAUCCUAAGCAGAAUCCCAAUGCACCGCAGUUUGGUGCAGCAUCCGAUGGUGACGGCGACCGUAAUAUGGUGCUGGGACGGGGUUUCUUUGUCACACCGAGUGAUUCUCUAGCUGUUAUCGUGGCGUACGCGAAGGAUGCAAUUCCAUAUUUCCGAAAAGGUGGCCUUGUUGGCGCAGCGCGAUCGAUGCCGACUGCCAGUGCAGUGGACAAGGUUACUGCAAAGCUGAAAAUCAACGUUUUUGAAACACCUACUGGAUGGAAGUACUUUUCGAAUCUCCUGUCUUCCGGUAAGGCUCAGAUAUGUGGCGAGGAGUCUUUUGGUACAUCGAGCGAUCACAUCAGAGAAAAGGAUGGGCUGUGGGCCAUUCUAUGCUGGCUAUCGAUUCUGGCAUAUCGCAAUGUUGGUAAGACGCCCGUCGGCUCAUUCAUUGGCAUUCAGCAAAUCGUAGAGGAGCACUGGAAAGAGUAUGGUAGGAACUUCUUCACGCGUUAUGAUUACGAGGAAUGUGAUGCCGUGGCUGCGGAAAGGAUGAUGGCGCAUCUCCGACAAUAUCAAGAAAACGGCGAUUAUGCCGUGCUUGAGCGGGUUGUAGGGCAUCCGGUCAUCGUUGCCGAUGAUUUUACGUACACGGAUCCAGUCGAUCACAGUGUUGCCAAGAACCAGGGGCUACGGUUCGUCUUUGCAAACGGAUCCCGGAUAGUUUUUCGCAUUAGUGGGACUGGCAGCACGGGCGCUACUAUCCGAAUGUACAUCGAAAAAUUUGUCCAGGAUCAAGCCAAAAUGUUUGCAGAUACUGCUGAAGCUCUUAGCGAUCUCAUUCACGUUGCGCUACAGGUGAGUCAAUUGGAAGCAUUCACUGGCCGAACUGCUCCGAGCGUGAUUACGUAA